AUGAGUCAGCGACGUAAACAGAAUCAGACGUCCCUGGUAACUCUACAGUUAUGUGGAAUAGACGUCGCCCUGCUAACUCUACAGUUAUGUUGUGUAGACGUCGCCCUGCUUACUCUACAGUUAUGUGGUGUAGACGUCGCCCUGCUAACUCUACAGUUAUGUGGUGUAGACGUCGCUCUGCUAACUCUACAGUUAUGUGGUGUAGACGUCGCCCUGCUUACUCUACAGUUAUGUUGUGUAGACGUCGCCCUGCUAACUCUACAGUUAUGUGAUGUAGACGUCGCCCUGCUAACUCUACAGUUAUGUGGUGUAGACGUCGCCCUGCUAACUCUACAGUUAUGUGGUGUAGACGUCGCCCUGGUAACUCUACAGUUAUGUGGUAUAGACGUCGCCCUGCUAAUUCUACAGUUAUGUGGUGUAGACGUCCCCCUGAUAACUCUACAGUUAUGUGGAAUAGACAUCGCCCUGCUAACUCUACAGUUAUGUUGUGUAGACGUCGCCCUGCUAACUUUACAGUUAUGUUGUGUAGACGUCCCCCUGCUAACUCUACAGUUAUGUGGUGUAGACGUCGCUCUGCUUACUCUACAGUUAUGUUGUGUAGACGUCGCCCUGCUAACUCUACAGUUAUGUGAUGUAGACGUCGUCCUGCUAAUUCUACAGUUAUGUGGUGUAGACGUCGCCCUGCUAACUCUACAGUUAUGUGGUGUAGACGUCGCCCUGCUAACUCUACAGUUAUGUGGUAUAGACGUCGCCCUGCUAAUUCUACAGUUAUGUGGUGUAGACGUCGCCCUGCUAACUCUACAGUUAUGUGGUGUAGACGUCCCCCUGAUAACUCUACAGUUAUGUGGAAUAGACAUCGCCCUGCUAACUCUACAGUUAUGUUGUGUAGACGUCCCCCUGCUAACUCUACAGUUAUGUUGUGUAGACAUCGCCCUGCUAACUCUACAGUUAUGUGGUGAAGACGUCGUUCCGCUAACUCUACAGUUAUGUAUCAUAGACCUCCUACGUGCUAGUCCCACUGUAUCAAGAUCACAGAUUGCUAGGCUGAGCUAUCCAACUGAGGUAGUUACCAUCUCCCUGGAAGAGCAGAAUCGUCUAUUACUACAGGCUGAAAUAGCAUGUCUCAACACUAGCCUGAUAACGGCCAAACCAGGAAAUGGGACCUACUGCAGCCCCGCCUGGGACACGAUUUCCUGCUGGCCGUACACGAGAGCUGGGAACACGGUGCAUCAACCCUGCCCGAGUUAUGUCAAUAUGUUUGACAGCGCCGCCUUCGCCUCUCGGACCUGUACGGAGUCCGGCACCUGGUAUAUACAUCCGGUACACAACACCACGUGGUCUGACUACUCUAAGUGUAUUCACAAGGACGAAGGCCAUCCCCUCAUUGCUGAGCACAUGCACCGAAUUACAAUGAUGUACACAAUAGGGUACGGAGCCUCCCUAGUGUCCCUUGUGAUGGCUGUGUUUAUCAUGCUUUACUUCCGAAAGCUGCGGUGUCCGAGGAAUACAAUUCACGUCAACAUGUUCGUGUCUUUCAUGCUGAGGGCGGCCAUAUCAUUUAUGAAGGAGAACAUGUUGGUGGAAGGUGUAGGAUUCCAAGCUGACGUUACAACCUCGCCUACUGGAGCAAUCCAGUUCAUACCUGAAGGAACACACUGGCAAUGUAAGCUGUUUUUCACAGUGUUCCACUACCUACUGGGUACCAACUACAUGUGGAUCUUCGUAGAAGGCAUGUAUCUUCACACGCUCAUAUCCGUCAACGUCUUCUCGGAGCAAAGCAGCAUCAUUUGGUUCGUCGUGUUUGGCUGGUUGUCACCUCUCCUGUUCGUCAUACCAUGGGUCAUCGUGCGAGCCACCUUAGAGGAUGUGUUAUGCUGGAACACCAAUCCUACAGCUGGAUAUUUCUGGAUUAUGAGGGGUCCAAUCGUGGCUUCCGUUGUUAUAAAUUUCGUCAUAUUUCUCAAUACCAUAAGAAUACUUUUCACCAAACUUAAAGCUUUCAACACAUUUGAGGCAAGACAAUUCAGGUACAGGAAACUGGCUAAGUCAACCUUGGUACUUAUCCCCCUGUUCGGCGUCCAUUACGUUAUAUUCGUGGGCCUACCUGAGGACGUCAGUGAGAUGGCAGAACUUGUCAAACUCUAUUUUGAGAUGUUCUUUAAUUCAUUUCAGGGUUUAUUCGUGACACUGUUGUUUUGCUUCUUUAACGGAGAGGUUCAGUCUGAAAUUAGGAAGAAGUGGAGAAGAUAUCGGUUAUCUCAUACGGGUGGUGAGAGUAUAAACCGGAAGUCCAACACGAUGACAUCAUUUAUGUCACGUACACGACGAGAGUCAGCGGUAUCGAACUCCAAUUCUGGUGAAUCAAAAGACUACCACCAACAUCUUAACGGCCAUAGUCACAAAGAUAAAAACAGCAAUCAGAAAGUUUGUAAUAAAUCCCCGAAAUAUAUCCUUACAAAUGGUUACCAUGGGGAUACAAGCAAAAUUUCACAUUCCGAUUGUGAUGACGAAGAACAAAUGGUUACAUUUAUUUCAAAUAGCGAUCCUCUUCCACGUCAGGAGCAAGACAUCAUGUGA